AUGAAUUACGCUGCGAAUCUUUACCUCCAGCACUGUUCGACCAACGCUGCGAACCUUUACCUCCAGCGCUGUUCGACCAACUUCAAAGACGCACAGGACGUCUUCAACCUCGAGAACCACGGCAGGGUGAGGGAAGUGGGCUCCCAGGCCGUCUGGUCCGUGUCCUCCGGCAGGCGUGGCCAUGGCGUGAGUCAGCUUCGGGACGGCGACCUGGACACGUUCUGGCAGUCGGACGGCGAGCUGCCGCACCGGAUCGACGUCCAGUUCGGUCGCAGACUGAGCAUCCAGGCUGUCCUCAUCAACGUCUGCCACGACCUGGACGAAAACUUCACGCCCAACGUGGUCUCGGUGAGCGCGGGGAAUGACCCUCACGACAUGCGGACGGUGGGCGGCGUCAGCAUGACACGUCCUUCCGGUUGGGUCCUCAUCGAGACGGAAGACUCCGAGGAACGUCCUCCACGAGCGUUUUGUCUCCGACUGUACGUCCAUAUCAAUCAUCAGUUUGGGAUGGACAGUCGCGUGAGGCAGAUGAAGGUAUACACGCCUGCUCAAGAAACUGUGGUUAGCACGCUCCCUGAGGAGGUGACCUUCAGCAGUCUGGAGUGUCGAAUGUUCAGCCGGAUUCGUUGA